AUGGCUUCCAAAAAGCGAACAGCCGCAGCGAACGACUUUAUCGCGUCAGUCGGGGCGCUUUUCGAUGAAGCAAAACGCAAGGGCUUCACCUCCGUUGAAAAUAUAAAGUGUCUCAACGGCAGGAUCAUCGAGUACAUCCUGCCAAACACAACCACACGGCCUUCGCACAGAACUAUCCGGCUUCCAGAUGGCCGGCUCCCUGCCACAAGGGUAGCAAGGCCACCUAAUAAGUUGCGCGUUGAUGGCGAGAACUUGAAGCGCCUGGAAGCCACUGAUUCGUACACGGAAUUUGUGGGAUAUCUCCGCCGCGCAUUUACCACACAAAAAGAUGCGAACAAACGGUCCGGCGAUUGGAAGGGAGAUUGGAACCGUCGCAAGAGAGCCCGGAGGUCUAGGCAGCAGAGGGCAGUCCUCAGCUCCCCGUCUCCGAGCGUAGACCAUGCCGAGGAAAACGAUGUGGCAACCUCAGAAUCAAAGACAAAUCGAGGGGAAGAGUCAACAACCCAAGAAUUCGACUCCGGAUCUCUUCUGGGUGAACUAUCCAAGGGUGAAGGGGCCCAGUCGGCCUUGAUGACACCCGAGUCAGAAGACAUUCCAAGCAACACGCCCAACAUCUUCUCGGCAGAUGCCGAAAGAGCGACGAGUCAAGGACCUAUCAAAGAGGAAAACGAAGAAAACCUUGAUGACCUCUAUGCUAGUCGACAGCUCAUUUCCAUCAAACUAAAGGUUGGAGAAGACUGGACCGGGCAAGAAGAGCGUGUCCUCCGUUCCGAAGAAUCACCAACACCAGAAACCCCACUGCAGCGCAUGCAAGCUGUUUUGCCUCAACUCAAGAUGGACAUCGCUCAAAUCCCACUCGGGAACUGGGAAGAGUACGAAGCCAAGCUUACAAAGUUUUAUUCUUCGUCGAAGAUUGCCACUCUGGGUUUUCCCGAUCUUCUAAGUAAGAUCAGAAGGAUCGUAUUCCUGCCCGAAGAGCUCGAGGUCGCUGUAGACGGACACUGGGAAAGACUACCGGCUGCGGUAAACAUCUGUGUCAUUCUUGCUGAAGCAACCUCCCUCGAGCCCGAGGACGUCAAACAAAGCCUGACCAAUAAGUGGGUGGGGGAUAUGACCCAUUUCAUUCCCUGGCUUAAGAAGGCCACUCGAUACAAAGCAUAG